AUGGGGGAGGUAGCUCUCCUUCUCUCUCUACCCAGCUUGCUUCCUCCUCCUCUUCUUCUUCGUCUUCUGGUUCUCCACUGAUGUGCGUGUGUUUUUUUUUCUGAUUUUGUCAUUCUGCAGGAGGAGAAGAAGCCAGAGGAGAAGAAAGUGGAGGGGGAGGGGAAGAAGGAGGAGCCGAAUAAGCAAGAGGGAUGUGGAGAGGAAAAGAAAAAGGAGGGAGAUGGAAAGAAGGAGGGCGAAGGAGGAGAGAAGAAGGGGGACGGUGGCGGGGGAGAAGGUGGGGGGGAGAAGAAGGAGAGCCCCCCUCCUCCUCCGCCAGAAGAAAUCGUCAUGCGGAUCUUCAUGCAUUGUGAGGGCUGCGCCCGCAAAGUCAUGCGUUCCCUCAAGGGCUUCCCAGGUCAACCCACUUCCCUCGUUCCUCUCUCUCUCUCUUUCUCUCGCCUUCUCCGGCCUUCCAUCUGAUGGGUGGUUUCCGGCAGGAGUUGAGACGGUGACGACGGACUGCCGUACGCACAAGGUGGUAGUGAAGGGGAAAGUAGCGGCGGCGGACCCUCUCAAGGUGGUGGACAGAGUGGAGAAGAAGAGCGGGAGGAAGGUGGAGCUUCUCACUCCCAUCCCUCCCAAGCCAGAGGAGAAGAAAGAGGAGAAGGAAGAGGAGAAGCCCAAGCCAGAAGAAAAGAAAGAAGAGGUCUGUCCCGAUACUCCCGAUAUUCCUGUUUUCGGUUUGGAAUCCAUGGAUCUCUCUCUCUCUCGCUCUCUCUAUCUCUUCAUGGUGAUGAUAAUGACACUAAUGAUGGAUGUCCUCUCCAUUGCUCAGCCGACAGUGAUUUCAGUCGUCCUCAAGGUCCAUAUGCAUUGCGAGGCCUGCUUGCAGGAGAUCAAGAAGCGGAUCCUCAAGAUGAAAGGUUUCACCACCUCCUCGCUGUUAGAUUUAGUUGAUUGGGAGCAGUUAACCCUCUCGAUUAUUUUUCCGACUACCUGUGAUACUUUGACUUGAGCCGGUUACUCUCCCAGAAAUGACCAGGAGAGAGGAGAGGAAAGGUCUUCCGCUUCUGAUCGGCCCCCCGGUCCGGAAAUCAAACCCAGAUUUUGAUUUUUCUAGCUGAUUUUAUAUGUAUAAAUAAAUAUAUAUAUACAUACACAGAGAGAGAAAGAGAGGAAAUAUUUUACGUUUUCUCAUUAACAUUUUGGAACUGUUUUAACGGAGUCUCAUCAAAAUCGUUUUUAAUGGAGUAUCCGAGAAAGAGAAAAAAUAGGGAUGUUUCAUCGUUUCCUGAUGGAUUCUUCCGUUUUUCCGCUCGAACCCAGUUUUUCCUUUCUUCGCUUCUGACCCGCUGGAGCGAGAAAAAGAGCGCCUUUUAGGUUUUUUUGGUGAACUGUGUCGGUUCCUUCUCUCGUAUGCUGAAACCCAUCUUUCUUACCCGCCUGAACGAAUCUCCUCAUCUCCAGUCAAGACCCGGAUAUCAAAUUUUUCUUUCACUCUCUCUCUCUCUCUCUCUAGAGUGGUAAAAAGAGGAUCUUAUUCUUUUUUUCUUAACUGGGUUGGCACCCGAAAGGAAGAAAGUUUCUGUUCCCUUAUCAAACCCUGAUGUUCGGCUUCUCUGCGAUAAUCUAGAGAAAGAUAUUGAAGGAGACGAAAGUUUGUAUUUUUUUUCACGUAUUGGGCUGCCCUCUAAUCAGGCGUCCAGUCGGUGGAUCCGGAUUUGAAGAGCUCCCAGGUGACCGUGAAGGGAAUCUUCGAGCCACAGAAGCUGGUGGAGUACAUCUACAAGCGCACCGGCAAGCACGCUGCCAUCGUCAAGACGGAGCCGGCAGAUAAGAAGCCCGAAGACAAGGCCGGCGACGAGAAGAAGGCGGACGGCGGCGGAGAAGGUGAAAAGGAGAAGAAAGAUGGGGGUGGAGGAGAGGGGGAGAAGAAGGAAGGUGGCGGCGGCGGCGAGGGGGAGAAGAAAGAAGGUGGCGGAGAAGGACAGAAAGAAGGAGCGGCGGCCGUCGAUGAAGCCGCCGCCGCGGUGGUGGCGGCCGCCGCCAAGCUUGGGGAGCUCACCAAGAACCCGUUCCUCUACUACUAUCCGAAAUAUCAAGUGGAGUACGCCUACCCACCGCAGAUCUUCAGCGACGAGAACCCUAAUGCCUGCUCCGUUAUGUAA